CAAGUACUUGUCUGACUGUAUCUGAAACUUCCAGGAACCUCUUUUCUGAUUCAUCCAUGGUUUUUCCUCCUCUUGGUGUUACACGAAGCACUACCCUGCACGAUGAGUUCGGGAAGCUUUCCACAGCUAACCAGGGUAUUGCUGCACAAGUUGCUGAAAGAGGUCAUGUUCCAGGGAAAUUUUGGUUUAGCCAGCUACCUAGUAAUUCUUGUCAACCUCAAGUCAUUGGUGCUGUUCAGUCUUCUACAGACCUUUCUAGAUCCGUGAUGACUGGUUUUGGUCAAAAUCAAACUCAGCCAAUUGGGCACAAGUGUUUGAUUUGCAAGAGGGAUCUUUCCUUCACACCAGAAGGCCCUGUUUUCGUGCCAGCUAUUCGACCAGUUGUUGCUGUUCUACCGUGUGGCCACACCUUUCAUGACCACUGCUUGAGGCUUAUCACCCCUGAAGAGGAAGUUAAAAAUCCUCCGUGCAUUCCUUGUGCCAUCGGUGAGAGUUGAAUCUAGGAUUGGUUCAACAUGUUGAAUCCUCCAUGCCUUGUGCAUUAGUUUUUCAAAUAUAUAAUCCGGUUUUUCUCUAAAUUCAUUUUGAAUCAGUCAAAAAUAGGGGAAAGGUUUUAGUGAAAUUUUAGACAUGUUUUUCUACAUAGGUUAAGUUCACAAAUCUUUUCUUAGGGCUGAGGUGGUGAUUUGGUCCAUAAAUAUAUAGAUCAUUAAAAGUUGUACAUAGCACACCCAUUUCCUUAAUAUGGAUCGUACUUCUGCAUGGUAUACUUUUGCCAUUGUAUGAACCUAAAGUUUUCGUCAUAUCCUGC